AUUCAUUGGAUAAGAACAUUUGUUUUGAUUUUAUCUAUUCUGAUCAUCAUCACGUCUCUUGGUCGAUAUAGUAAAGAAACGAUUCCACUGUUUUCGUUGUUACACGAUCAUUCAACACAGACAGAAGAGUUUAGACAAGCAAUCAUCCAGGACCGAAGAUUGAUUGCUACAUUGGUGGCAGCUCAAGCAUCCAUCAUCUGUCCAUUAUUUCUUUUGAUAGGGAACCAAUCGUUUUUUUUAUUGACUAGCCAAGAUCAUCAUAGUGAAUUGACACAAUUCUGGCGAACGGCUUUGGACCUUUUAUGUCAAUUCCUUAUGCCUUUAGGAUUGGCUCUUAGUUGGUUGUUUUGUAUUUCUUUUGAUCAAAAAACAAAUAUGAUUCAAAGUCAUACCAUUUGGUCUUAUUUGGACACUUCUCUUUUUUUAACAGGCAAUCUUAAAUAUAUGAUGGUCAUCGCUUUGGUUUUAGAAAUGGCAUUUGUUUCUAUA